AUGGACUUCACCUCCGACUCGCACAACCCGUCCACGGCCGCCCCCGUCGAUGCCCACACCACGCCGUCGGCACCGCCCACGUCCACGGCCGCAGCCUCCACGGCCGACAGCGAGCUGGCACUCGAUAACGACGAGCUGAGACUCGCCGCCCUCCACGAUGAGAAAGACCUCUUGCUGGAGCAACGCGACGCGUUGCUCCAGCGCAUCGACCGUGCUCGCGCGCAACUGGCCGCCCGCCAACACGACGGCACGCCCGCCCAGGCCACCGCUCCACGCAUGUUUGAUGAGUCCACGCUGGCCGCCGCGUUGGCUCGCGCUACCGCGCCUCGCCAAGCGCCGGCUGUCGCAUCUCGCUCCAAAAUCGACGGCAACGUGUCUCUUCACGACGAGCUCUCCAACAAGUACGACGCGCUGCCUCUGCUGAACUGGGACCUGCGUUUCUCGCGUCUGCGUGCUCUGUUCCCCGGCGUCGCUCUGCGCGUCGCCAACACGGCCACUACGACUACGACUCACGGGCCGGACCUCACCGUCCAGACCGCGACGCUCCAGUUCGAUCCUGGCGACUUCCACCUCGUGCUGGAGCUCCAGUUGCUCCACGCUCGCAUCCACGCGCUUCGCGUGCUGCAACUCUCCUCCAAGGUGCGUCUCGCCCUGGCGCCGCUCGUCGCCCACGCAGAACGCACCUGCAACGUGUCGUUUCUGCUGCUGGGUUGCUACGAGUAUGCUCGCCUGUGGGACGAGCGCGCGCGCCUGUGGCGCGCGCUCGACCAGGCCUUCAAGGCUUGGAACGUGGCUCACACUUCACCCAGCGUAUGGUCCCUGUCCCGCGACGCGCUGUCCGUCACAGUGUGCCUCGACAUCUCGUUCAAAGACCUGCCGUUUCCGCACUCGCAAAUCCGCGUCGGCCUCUCAAACAACGCGUGCCCGAUCCCGCACGCGCACGCUGUCGCCAUGGCCUUGAUACGCGAGUACGGCGUGCACCACGGCAUCGAGUCCUUCGUAAGGGCCACGUUCAACCUGUAA